GUCAGUAGAGGGAGUUUUUAAAAAAAAAAAAGUGAAGAGUGAGAGCUGAUAUUUGUGUGCAAAGCGCGGGUCUGUUUGUGCUGCGGCUCGACAUGCAUGGGCUUGUACCUGUGGGGUUUGUCAGGUAGAGGGAAGAGCAGCCUGAGCAGCGAAGAUCAGAGAGUGUUUAUUCGUGAAUAUUCACUCUUCAGCUCUCCGUUUCGAAACAUCCUUCAGUUUUCUUGGCAAAAGAAAACACAUGUUGGCUCCUGCUGACGAUGUCGUGGCGUGGGGAGAGUCACUGGAGCAGCUUCUGGAGUGUAAAACCGGCCAGCUGGUGUUUGAGGACUUCUUGAGGACAGAAUACAGCGAGGAGAACCUUCUGUUUUGGCUGGCCUGCCAGGAAUACAAGAAAAUUACCAGUGAGGCAGAGAUGACGCUGGCUGCCAAAAGGAUGUACACCGAGUUUGUCCAAGUUGAUGCACCGAGAGAGAUAAACAUUGACUGCGUGGCGAGAGAGGAAAUCAGUGGAAAUCUUUCUCAGCCGGGGCCCAAUUGCUUUGACGGGGCGCAGAGACUGAUAUACGCUCUGAUGGAAAACGACUGUUAUCCGCGAUUUCUGAAAUCAGACAUCUACCAAGCUCUCCUGGAACAGCAAUGAAAGCAAACGUGGAGGGAAGAAAAAGUCGUCCGACGUCUCUCUGAGUGAUUGAUUCUGCCCUUGGGCUGACUCUGCUUAGACAAAGACAGGCUAGGCCGUCGGAGGAAACAAAGUGAGAGGAGAUACAGAGCUGUAGGUAAAGAGAUGGACAGGAUGUAAGAGCACUACAGGAUCUAAAUUAUGUAUUUAGUUCUCAGAGUGAAGUCUCUGUUUUGUUUGUAUUGCUUUGAAUUACACAAAAGAAGGGUAUUUUUUUCAGAUAAAGUACAGAUUUCAAGCAAUAAAAAGUUGACUUUUUGCAUCAAGACUAAAAUAAGUGUGUCUGACUUUGAUAUUAAGUAUAAAUAAAUCAAUUCUAAUCAAGGGUUUUCUGUACAGUAGUCCCUGAAGGGUUCAGUUUUAGAGCUCCAGUCUCUCCUGUCGCAAAAAGCUGCCCUAAAACUUUUGUCACCUGAGUCACUCUUCAAAGUGUAAUAUUGAUUGUUCCAGUUUAAAUUAACUCUAAUUAAAUGUAAUGCCUGUUUUCACCUUCUCCGUCUGUUCGACGUUAACAAACAUCAUUCUGUGUGGCGGUCCUGUAAUCUGUUUGCAUUUCUGAAUAAUCAAUUAUGCGCAGUGUAUUUAGUCUGUGAUCAACCAGCCGUGUAAUUGUGUUUUUGUUGGGAAAAAACAGCACAUGAAAGUACAAUAAUGUCAACUUUAAAGCAUCUCCCAUUUAACACUCUGACUUAACUUAUUUUUGACGGUAAAUUGGAAUGAAAAACCUCGGGGUUGUUUUUGUUGGACAAAUCCUGCAGCUGCUGUGACUGAUUGUGAUAAUUAAAAGAACUAUUGUAUGUGUUCAA